AGAUUUGCCCUCCAUCCCUGCUACAUUUAUCAAAAAGAAACCCAAAACUCAAUGUCUCUUCAAAAUUUCUUCAAAUUUCUCAAGCAAACAUCAGUUAAAGAAAGGGGAAUAAAACCUUCAGCACUUUCAGAGGGACUAUGUCGUCAAUUUUCACUAGCUGAGCUCAAAGCUGCCACCAACAAUUUUCAUCAUGAUUUGAAAAUCGAUGAAGGUGGUUUUGGUUUUGGCCCAGUAUACAAGGGCCUCAUUGAUGGCGGCUCUUUGGUUGUCGCUGUCAAACGUUUCUCUAGAACAUCGAGACAAGCAGUUGAAGUGUUCCGAAUUGAGGGAGAGUUACUCUUCCAGCUGCGCCACCAGAAUCUUGUCUCUCUCCUCGGGUUUUGUCACGAGAAGGGUGAGAGCAUCCUUGUGUAUGAAUAUGUGACCCAUGGGGCAUUGCAUGGUCAUCUUUUUAAGAAUGAUGAUCCCCUCCCAUGGAAGCGGAGACUAGAGAUAUGCAUUGGGGCAGCGCGUGGAUUACACUACCUUCACACAGGUGCAAAGUAUGCAAUAAUUCACCGCGAUGUCAAGCCUUCUACUAUUCUUUUGGACGAAAAUUGGGAGGCUAAGCUUUCAGAUUUUUGGAUUUCCAGGAUUGGUCCCUCUAGCAUCUCAAAGCCUAAGCCCGGCAGUUUGACAAAAACGGAGUCAAGGAUUUGUGGUACAAGCGGAUAUAUGGCUCCAGAGUAUGCGAUCAAAGAAGAAUCGAAUAUGAUUCCCGGCAUCAUUAAAUGCAUAAAAAACGGCUGCGUUCAUGAUAUGAUCGAUCCAUUUUUGAAUGGGAAGAUAGCGCCAGUGUGUCUGAUAGAAUUCGUGGAGAUCGCUCUCAGUUGUGUAUAUGAAAAUCCAAAUGAACGGCCUUCAAUGGGAGAAGUUGAGGUAACCUUAGAACGUGCAUUGGAGCUGCAGGAGAAAGCCGACUUGGUUAUCAAGGCUGACAAUCCACAUGCUGUCUAUGCCUACGAAGAUCUAUCAUUUCGUGUUUCUGUUGAAGAAAACAGCUACUGGCAAGGCUACCGUUAUAGUGGAGAUUCAGAUACAGGAUCGGUCUCGGAUGCAGAAUUGGUCUCCGAUGGAGGAGCGGUCUCAAUUGCCGAAUCAUAAAUUGAAAGACAUGUGUUUGGGAUGGGGAGUCUCUCUGUAAAAUCAAUAUUAAUUUUUAUUGAUGAAGAGAUUGGUGCAAUUAAAUCAAAUCAAAGGAU